AUGUGUGAAUAUUUACCAUAUAAAGGAUUUAAAUGGUCUGAUCUUGAUUGCUUUGAUACAGAAAGAAUUUUAAAAAUGAUAGACGACCAUAAAAAAUGUUAUAUUUUUGAAGUAGAUUUGAAAUACACUGAAGAGCUUCAUGAUCUCCAUUCGGAUUAUCCAUUGGCUCCCGAAAAU